UGAUAUGGUUAGACUCAGAGCGGUCUGAGCUACCAUCACUAUUCGGGAUUUUUAAUUCCUUAAAGAGCUCUACCAACCCAUGUGAUCAAUACAUUCAUAGAAAUUGUGGAUCAAUUGCAGUGAUGUUUGCAUUGAAUCGCUUACAUUUGACACAUAAAUUCAUUGCCAACCAGUGGCCAAACAACAGAUGUAUUGGCCGAUACUUGUCGUGUAUAUCCAAUCGCAUCACCGGAAGUGUUAACAAUGAUUGCGAAGACGACGACCUGUGUUACGAUCGCUUCAAGACAUUGGCCACAAAUAAACGGACGGAAGCACUGAUUAAGAUUAUACUGAAUGAGUUUCGGUUGUACAGCAAUAGUGAUACACAUAAACAUUCAAUACCUGAUGGACUUUCGGUUAACCACAUGAAACAUCUUAUGGAUUGUUAUCAUAUCAGUCGAUACGGAAGAAUAUGGCGAGACUUGAGUUCAGCCAAAAGGAGACAUUUGUUAGGUUUGAUGAAGAAAUUAGAUGACAUCGAUGGUCACAAUCACCUCAUUAUACCAUUCAUGCCAUACGAGUUAGAAAAGUUUUAUAUGAAUGGACUGAAGAAUAGUACACUUUAUGGACAAAAUGUUUGCUUUGAUAUAUCAUUUGACAGACAUAUGUCGACCAAUGAGUGCAAGAACUUAGCGGAACAGUUGCAUCGUAUCUAUGAGUUCAACAAAUACAAGACAUACGACUAUUCAAAUGAACUGCCGUUUUGUCUUAACUUAUGUAACGUCAACACCGACGACAAAACCAUUGGAUUUAUGAACUUUUUAUAUCCACAACUUGUGUCCAGUAAAUCGUAUGUCAAUAUCACAUCUAAAUCCUAUUUAGACCUCUUCGACAAACGAGAUCUGAUAUUUUUGUCGCCACACGCGACUCAAGUGAUGACCGAAUACGAUCGCAACGCUGUAUUCAUAAUCGGCGGUAUUGUUGAUCGAAACCAAGUGAUUGAAUUGUCUUUACCGAAGGCCACGAAAGAUGGCAUUCGGUCAAUGCGUUUGCCGAUAGACUCUUUGGUCAACAAAACGAAUAUUCAAUCACUUGAUUCUGUAUUCAGACUUUUGUGUGAUUUUAAGGCUUUUGGCUUACAAUUGGCUAACAAUGAAAUGUCUUAUUUAGAGAAAAGAGUCCGAAAACAUAUACCAAAUCAUAAACUUAAAAGUUGUAAUCAAAUUGCUUUCGAGACCUUAAAACAACAAAAAAUAAAUCAAAUUUAUGAUUUAGAUAUUAAUGACAAUGAUUUUGAUUUGAAUGUUGAUAUUGUACACUAA